CAUUUCCAUUUCCAUUUCCAUUUCUCACCCCAUCUUUCACUUUUCUUUCAGAUUCCCAAGAACAAAAAAAUAAGAAUUAAAUUUUAAAGAGAAAAAGAGAAGAAGAAAUUCAAGAAUCAAUCCCAUCUCUUCUUCCUCAACUUGCCACUUACCAUUUGGCAUCGUAAAGACAAAAUUCUCUGUUUCUCUUCUCACCGCCACAGGGAUUCUCCUUCUCUCCGCCAUUCUUCCUCUACUCCCUUCACAACACCCACACCCAACUGGGAUUUUCUUCUUCUGCUUCUUUCCCAUCUCCCCAUUUUUUCAAAAUCUUCUAAUUUAUUCGCUGUUGGCUUCUUACUUUCUUUUCUAGACGUCGCCCAUGGAUUUAAGCCGGCGGAGAGCGGCGGUGGCGGCCAAAGGGAACGUGGUAGCUGGGUCUGUGUGGGAGAGUAGAAUCAGGUUCGAUGAAGUCAGAGGUGGGAUUAAGGUUUUUAAUGGAGACGAUGAAAAUGUUGAAUGUGGGAUUCCGACAACCGCCGCUUCCGCGGGCAGCGGAAGGAGGAAGACGUGGAAAUCUGAUGAGGGUUUUAACCCGAUUCUCAUUGCGGAGGAAAAACCAGAGUCGUCGCCCAGUAGCGGCGAUGAACAGAGUCGGAAAAGUCCGACUCCUUCACGGAGAUUGAGAUCCAACAGUAGUCCGAACAAGCCAGUUCAAGUUUCCGGCGAGAAAAUAGAGAGAAACUCAACGAGGAAGAAGACUGAUCAAUCUCGUAAAUCGGCUGUUGGGCUUACCAAACCACCGACGAAUGGAAUCGGAAAAACCUCGUCGGAGAAAAGUUUCAAAGAGUCAAACGAAUGCAGAGAGAAAGUGAUUUCGUCUUCCACGUCUCAAGAUUUCUUCGAUGCAUUUGAAGAAGAGAUUGAGAAAGAAAGCUUCGACGUUAAGGAAAUCAAUUUACCAGAACGGAAGAAAAUCAUUGCACAAACUUUCCCGGGAAACAAACAGAAAUUACAGACAUUAAUGGAUUUGAUAAUGUGGAGAGAUUUUUCAAGAUCCGGUCUGGUUUUUGGAGUGGGAAAUUUGGUUAUAAUCCUCUCUUGUUUUAUCAAAAACAUCAAUAUCAGCCUUAUCAGUUUGAUUUCGCAUAUGGGUCUUCUUUAUCUGACUACCAUUUUCGUCCAUAGUUCCAUUUUUGGGAGGAGAAAAAGGAUUGAUUCUAAUGAUGAAAAUUUGGUGGUUGAAGAAGAAGAUAUGAUCCGAUUUGCUAAACGGUUAGUUCCUUUUGUGAAUGAAUUGCUGCAAAAUCUCAAGGCUCUGUUCCGUGGAGAUCCCUCUGCCACCAUGAAGGUGGGUGUGUUGCUGUUUGUAUUGGCAAAGUGGGGUAGCUUCAUAACCCUUUGGAAUGUCCUCAAAAUUGGAUUCAUCGGGGUUUUCACACUGCCCAAAUUAAUUACCCACGGUGAACACUGGUUGAAACUUUGUGGGAGUUCUUGGAAGUUAUGUUCCCACAAGAGAGGUGUGUUCAUCGCCAUCUUUUUUCUCGUAUGGAAUUUCUCAUCGACUCUAUAUCGCGUAUGGGCAGCUUUCAUAGUGUUGGUUAGCUUUCGGUACUACCAGGAGUCUCCGGAGAGAGAUGUUUGGGUUAAAAAUGGAGAAGUAGCUUCAAGAAACAAGACCAUGUCGACGAGUUCAAAGCUCAAGAAACAAUAUUGAGCAAUUUUGAUGCCUUUUUUCUCUGUUAUUUAUAAGAUAGUUAAAAAUUACCAUGUAAAUUCAUGCACACUAUGGUAGAAAUCCAUCUGCUUGUAUCUUAGGAGAAAAAGAAUGGAAAAUGUCUUUUAUUUUUUUUUAAUUUCUUCCUUUUUCAAAUUCAAUAAUCUCAUUUUAUUUUAUCUCAAAGUGAGUGAAAAAGGUAAAGCUCGUGUUAAAGCAUAACUA